CUCCACCUUCGAUAUCCGCAUACGAUGGGCAACUCCCAACACGCUUCGCCAGAGAUGAACAUGCUUUGAUUCGAUGUGUCGAUACGAGCUUGUUGGUGCCUUUAUAUUGCUGACCCAAGACCUGGCGGACAAAUUUAAGAAGCGUAAAGACAAUCACAGCUCUCCAUCACAGGAGCCACCAUGCUUCACGAAAUCCUCCUCUCCCUCUCAGGCCACCCCUCUCCACUCCUCACCGCCGACCAUUCAUCCCCGAAUUCCAUCCUUUCACCCCCAGAGAAAGCACUCCUCUCUUCAAUAGCCCACUUGAGCGACCUGCAUUGUAGACUGCUGGCGCAUACAUCUACUAUUGCAACAACACAUCCAUCCACUAUCUGCCAAGCUGUAGCCACGGCGAUAAGGUCUACCCAUCUUGCUCAAUUCCAACGGAAGGUGUUAGAGGUUGAAGACGGCAUCCUAAGAAAAGAUGCCGGGAUUGUGGGGGCAUAUAACAUUGUGCCAUUGACGGGUAUCGUUGGAGAAUUUUCGGGAUGGCCAAGGAGAAUGGAAUGGUUUUUGGAAGUGGUGGAAUUCAUGAUGCGGAGUAAUGGUGGACAAACGAAGAAGUGUGCUGGAGCUAUGAUCAUCGACAAACUGUGUGAUUCCAUACGGACCGGCUAUGUUGACAUCGAAGAGGCGGCGUUGAGUUUGGUGAGAGUUGCUGAGACAGCAUGGUUGAAGCAGAUUUCUUCCUGGGUCCUAUAUGGACGACUGCCCAGUUUUGGCAAGGAGGAUUUCUUCGUACAGCUGAUACUGGGCGACGUGCAGGAGUAUGAGAGCAAGCCAGAGCUAUUACCAGCAUUUGUGUCAACGCCAACUGCCAAUUCGCUACUCUUCAUUGGAAGGUCUUUGAACCACAUUCGAGUCAAGGGCAUAUCCAGUGCAUCCUCUCCAGAGUUAGACCUGCUAUCCUCACAUCUGCAGCAAUUGUCAACAUUGAAAUUUCCUAUCAACAGUGCCAAUUUUUCCCGAGUCAUAGCUUCGAUACGUCUCUCGUUGUCGCGAACCACGCUCCAGAAGCUACUGCCUCUAAGCCGGGUUCUCGAAAUCCUAUUUCUGCUUCGAGAAUUCUUCCUACUGGGACGUGGAGAAUUUCCUCUUGCCCUGAUCACGGAAGCGGACGAGAAAAUAAGGUCCAGAUGGCGAAGAGCGGACAAUAUUGGCUAUGACAAGCGUGAUAACAUUGGGAACAUUGUUGUAAAAGAAGGUGAAAUCUCAGCUGUCUUGGCACGGGCUUGGGCUGCUAUGGGUCUACUUCAAGGACAAUAUGUGGACGAUCAAGAUGAGGACGAAUUACUUGAGCUUGCAAGAGAUCUUGUACAGUUGACCAUCCCCAAAUCAACCUCCACACCUUCAAAAGCUACUGCGACUCCCCAGACUAUGGUGUCUACGCCCUUUAGGAAUCUACUUCUUUCGGUGCCAGUCUCUUUAACUCUCCAAAUUCCGUCACCACUGGAUCUGUUUUUGACACCACCAGACGUCCAGAUAUACUCUGGUAUCAACGCUUACCUGUUGUCUAUACAUCGAGCGCAUCUUCGGCUGACGGAUCUAUGGAAAAUUACGGCUCUACGACGUGACCAUCCAUCACCUCCAGGCCCUCCCUAUGGCAGCUCAACUGUCGGUAGAAAUAAAGUACGUACUCUGCGUAGUAGAGCGAAUGAGCGAUCAGCAGCGAUGCGAAGUGUCUGGGCUACAAACAGCGCGGCAGUGUUCUUCCUUGGCGAGACGGAAGCCUAUCUUCAAGGUGAAGUCGUCCAAGGAACCUGGCUGGGCUUCAAGAACUGGAUUACUGGAGAUGUUGCUUCCCGCCCUACCUCCUCAAAGAGUCAACCUAUCGAAGACGAGGAUGACAUAUGGUUACAAGCAGGGAAAGAGCCCAUAGCUCAAAGUCCAACAUAUACGCAUGAUCCCCAAUCACUUGCAGACGCUCAUAGAAGGUACUUGUCAGCAUUGACCUCAAGUCUACUCUUAAACACGCCAUCAUUCACGGAACCUCUCUACCACCUGCUGCAGCAAGUCGAUCAUUUAGUAGCGUUGGUCUAUCGAGUUCACUCGAUUUGGCAGUCUCUUGACCUCGAAGCUGAUGAAGGUGUCGUGGAUGCCUUUUCUGACUUCCACAAAGAAGAGAACGAUGUCAAAGAGCAGCUCGUGGUCAUCGCCAAUAGGGUGAAAGGUGCAAUCGAAGAGCUUGUCAAAUGUUUACGAGAUAUUGACCAAGAGAAAGAAGGCUGGGACAACGGCUUUUCAGAACUUGUUCUGGGUGAGGAAGGAGCUUAUGUUCCAGCGAAGGUAGGGCGAGUCGAUAGGCUCUUGAUGAAACUAGAUUUUGGGGGUUGGUUUGAUGUAACCAAGGGAGACGGGGACUUGGUCAGAGACGGCGAUAGUGAUUAUGAUGAGUUAUGAUGUGAAAGUCACGAUUGAUGGAAUAUACCCUAGGCGUUCUUCGGAUAACACGGCAGAUAGCUGACGCGUUGAAUUUUGAGAAUGCAUUUUGUGCAAUGG